UGCAAGCUCGCUCGCUGUCAACAAAAAUAAACACGGGAAUAAACUUCGCGCGGCUUUAGCAACCGGAAAGACUGUCCGCCCCAAAGCUGUCGGCUUGUACCCUAGUUUCUGCGCCCUUUCUCUGUGUGAUUAUGCGUGACAAUCAAGCGACACUCUCACUUACUUUCCGAAGUUCGUAAAUGAAACAACACAGAUUCAUUGCUAAGAUGUAUCCGGACAGGAGAAAAAUGAGCGAGGCUCACUUCUCGGGGCUGCCUUCGCAGAGCAACAUUUACGGCAUGACGACUUUGAACAUCGGCGACGCCAACAAGGUGCUGGUGUCUUGCCUUCAGAGAAACGUGUUCUGCAUAGAGUACGCCAGGAACAAAAAGAACGUGUUGACGCCGUCAUCCAGAGAAAUACACUUCACCUAUCUGCCAGAGGGAGCCGACGUGAUUGCGAUCGAUGCAUUCAGCAAGUCGGUGCCCGACAACUUGGACAUCAUCAUCGGAAUUGCCUUCAUCAGGCCUGGAGAAAAUCAGCUUGCAAGACAUUAUCUCAACAUUUAUUCUCAGUCGGAGCCAGGUUGUGGACUAGACCUUGACAGAAUUGCACAGGGUUGUCAGAGCCUCGAGCUCAAUUUCAUUCCUUACCAGCUCACACACGCACCGCUGUUCUCUAACCAAACUGGCCAGAGAAGUGGAGAGUUUGUGUUUCUCCUGUGUGGCAGCGACUCCAGGAUACAUCUUUUCAGAGAGGAUAUACACCAGACCUACAGCGAGAUCCCGGUAGAAGACCACUUUCCAGAAUUCGGAAACAUUCCUGACAUCGUCUUGGUGAUGGAUCUCAAGUACAAGGAAGAAGACGGCACCCGAAUUUCAGCCAUUGGUUGUGAGAACGGAUUUGUUCAAGUCGCAGUGACUGCACUGAAGAACAGUGGUGAAAUUCAGAUUAAGUCAUCGUGGCAAGUUGACUUGGACUCGCCUAUCUCUGCCUUGCAUCUUUUUGAAGACAGUGCCCAUUGGCCAUUGCCUGAUUAUAUCAAGCACACCGAGCUCACCAACUGCUACAACUCAGGCCCAGCUCUGAAAACGCAUCUUCUCAUUUGCCGUGCUCUGAUUCCGUCACUUGUUUACAGGGACGUGCUUGACCGAGGCUUAGAGAUGCAUGCCACGCUGCCAUGCAGUGACGACUUUGACUCUGUCGUUUGUGGCUGCGUUGCCGACAUUGACAUGGAUGGUGUAAAUGAGGUCAUUUUGGGAACUUAUGGCCAGGAGGUACUUGUGUACAAGCUGGUAUGCCAGCGUUCAGGCAGGGAAGCCUACGAGCUGCUGUGGCAUCAGACGGUCUCCCAUCCUAUCCUCUCGAUAAAGUACAUGGACUUGACCGGAGAUGGAAUUUGUGAACUGCUAGUGCUGUCCACUAAAGGCCUUCACAUUCUGCAGCAUGACCUUCGAGAGACAGCCAGCAUCUGCGUAGAAAGAAUGGAGAAAAUUGCAAAACUUUUGAUUACGACUCCCAGCACAACGGAUGAAGGAGACAGCUUGCGUGUUUGAGAAAUGACGUGAAAUUUAUUUGUUGUAUAUAAUACAAAUACCAGAAUUAAGAAAGUGUAUUUACAAAAUAUACGAGUAUAUAUA